GCCCGCGGCCUGCGUGGGGCCCGCGCGGGGAGCCACCUCCGGGCGGCGCGUGAGCCUGGUGGCGAGGUGCCCGGCCGGGGGGACGCCGGCCCAGGCCUGGGGCUGAUUGUGAUUGGAAGAGGACUGUCCGAAGGACAUAGAAAGCACAGUUUUGCUGUCAAAAGCAAAGAUCCUUUACCUACGCAUUUUACAAGAAAUGUGCAGAAAGCCAUUAAUAAAUAUACCUGCGAGUCCCCGUCACCACUCUCGUCCAGCGGAAGCCGCACGCCCACAGAAGCCCCCAGCUCCUGGUCUGGGUCUGCAACACAGAGCUCUACCCCUGGCUUGUCUACCGAGAGGAGCUCAGUUUAUUCUUGGAGAGAUGAUGAAUUUGACAAAGCCAAUGCACAGAAAGUGCAGCAGUUAUUCUGGGAGGUCGAGGAAAUGUUGUUUGAAGGGAAAGUAAGCCCCCAGACACACAAUCUACUGGCUGAAUGCAAUGAGUGGGCAGGAAGGUCCCUCCAUCUGAGAGUACUAGGAAGGCAGCUGAUGCCGCCAGCCGAGGAAGGGUUCCGGCACUUCCAGGGCUGCACGCCCGGUCCCGCGGGCCACAAACCCUUACUUGAUGCCCGUGAACGCAGCAGCAGUGUCAGAGAGUUGUGCAUCUCUGGCUCCCAGAUAGUCCCAGCAGCACUCUCAGCCUCUGCCCUGCCAGGCCUUGAUGGCACAGGGGUUGCUGACCUAACGGCACAUCCAUCCCUGGAAGAAGAGGUUUAUGAUGCAGAUGGAAAGAUCGAAGAGUAUUUUGCUUUUGAUAGAAAAGAGAAUGAUGAUGACUGUCUUGAACAAAAGCCAGCUCACCACGGCAGGAAAUCGCAGAAACAUGGACUUCCUCCCGUCUCCCCUCACGACUGUAUCAAAGAUGCGGUGGCAACAGAAGUGUUUGAUCAUGUCUGGAAAAAUGUGGUGGAAAUUUUGGAAGAGCUGAUUAGAAAAAACUGGGAAAGUACACUCACAGAAGGGAAAAAACAGAAAGAAAAAUUGAAAGUAGCUGAAAACAAAUCUCCACAUGUGCUCAUUUCCUGUUUCCCCGCUGAUGUAUCAAGUGUUCCCCUGUCCAGAAGUUCUGAAACCCGCAGCAUACCUCUGGCUUCCCAUCUUAAUCCACCCCAGAUUCAUCGCUUCUCUAACAAUUUUUAUAGUGAUUUGAAUGGUGUGAUGACAAUUCAAGCAAAACCACUUCAGCAGAGACCCACCUAUUUUGCGGAUAGAACACAGAACGAGCAGGAGGAGAAGGCGCUGGGUGGAGGGGCCAGCACCCUUUCCUCCGCCAGGCACCUGCUGGGACGCAUCUCAGACACCCGGGCAUUACAGACUUCUGCGAAGAAAACGCCGGUGCACAGGAGGCUGCCUUCUCUUGCUUCAGAUUCACAGAGAAUAAAAACCCCCAACGUGUACAGUGAUGAAGUUCUCAGGGGAACAAAACUGCAAACUGGCAUAGAACACACGUCUUCCCCGCCAGCUCCAACCUCACGCAGCAGGUUACCCCCAAUAGGCUCAGACACCGGGGAGCAGAACACGGCAGUUCCUGGAUCCCGCCCUGUUUCUCCAAAUUCGCCACCCCCACCCCGCUCUGCUCCAACUCCCACCCCCCCAGCAGUGGGCUCCCAUAACCCAAGAGUGGGUGGCCCCAGGGCGCCCGAGGACGUCGAAGUGACCAGUUCCAAUGUGCUCUCCAUCCUGAAGGUGCCCGAAACGUAA